AUGGUUAGGUCCGCGAAACCUUUACCUUUCCGUCUCUCUGGAAGCUUUUUUUCCAACGUUGGCCUCGAUGAUGUUGGGAUUACGGAGCAGAAUAUGGAAACAUGUCGUUGUGAAGCAUGGGUGUACCUGAUUCUGGGACCUCACCCACUUGUCACCACAUGCUUGUCCGUCAGUCCCAGCAAAGAUUUCAUCGAUCUCGAGUUUUAUGAAAAUGGGAAUCUGAAGCAAUAUGUCGACAGGCAUCGUGCACACAUCACCGAGACGACGCUGAAGGGCUGGACAUACCAGAUGAUAGAAGGCAUCGCUUAUGUUCACUCAAAGGGAGUGAGGCAUGCUGAUAUUAGACUUGAUCAGUGGCUACUUGAUGGGACGUUUACUGCCCGGAUGAGUGACUUCAAUGCGUCAGGCUUUGACCCCCAGCCUGGUCUGGGGCUCGACGGCAAACUGGCGUUGGGGUUAGAGAAGCCGAGCCACUAUCUCCCUCGGGACCCCGAAGUUGAUAGUACUGUGCAGUCGGAUCUGUUUGCACUGGGGUCGUCUCUGUACGAACUUAUGGCCGGUCGGAGUCCCUAUGAAGAACUUGAUGAUGGGUCUAUCGGCUUGUUGUUUGAAAAGAGUGCUUCCCCAAUACCGAGGGACUCUUGUUAG